CCAAGACUGACCAUUUGCGGUCUUGGGCAAACGAAUUUGGAGGUGGUCUAUUCUUGUAUGUAGCGCUUAGAAAGUUUUCAAAGUGAUAGAAGCUACAAAAGGAAUUGUCCAGGGAAUUUCGUUACUAGCAAUCCCCAAGGCCAUAUUUCCUUCAAGUCAUUGUUGCAUCAGCAUCCCAUCAUGUCCAACCAAAAAGGAACCUUGGCUACCAUCGUCCUCAUAACGGGCGCAGAGCGCGGCAUCGGCUUCGAAGUCGCACGAAAGCUUUCUUCGCCUUCGUUAUACAAGGACUACCACGUUAUCAUCGGUAGCCUCCGGGCUGACGAUGGCAUCAAAGCAACUGCCAUACUUGGCGAAGAAGACGCCUCCCGUUCACUGUCAUGUGUACAGAUUGAUGUUACCUCAGACGAGUCAAUAAAGACCGCUAUUGACAACAUCCAGCAAGAGUUUGGUCGAAUAGAUGUGCUGAUAAACAAUGCCGGCGUGCUUCUCGACGGGUUGGAAACAACAGACAUUUCCAGGCAGCUUCUGGAAAAGACCUUUUCCGUCAAUUUAUUUGGAGCUGCUGCUGUAACAGAAGCAGUGAUUCCCCUUCUCGAGAGGUCAUGGUCACCAUGUCCGAGGAUUGUCUUCAUGAGUUCAAGAGUGGGUUCAUUGUCUGUGAAGUCGAAUGCGACCGAUAGGUCGUCCAUGCGAUACUUUCCAAUGUACAGGAGUAGCAAGUGUGCGCUAAACAUGGUCAUGCUUCAUUAUUCAUCGCUUUUCCGGGACAAGGGUUGGAAGGUAAAUUCGUGUGAUCCAGGAUUGACGGCCACUGCCCUCGCAGGAGACCAAAUGAAUAUGGGCACCGUGGAAGGUAAGUACUCUCGUAAAAGCCGCUGCCCCUUUCUCGCGAUCGAGAUGAAGGAAAUAGGCUGACACGCACAGACGGCGCGAAGAACUGUCUGAGGCUGGCGACUUUGGAUGCACAAGGGGAGACGGGGACUUUUACAAAUAAGGAGGGUCCAAUUCCGUGGUAAUAUAUAUAUGCUGCCAGACAGAAAGGAAACACAACGUCUCUCUAUAUUUAGACUUCUGGAAGUCAAUCUACGAAAACCACGACAGUUAGCAAAUACACAAUACGA